AUGGACAUUGGUCAAGGGCAACCGCAUCGCGUCUUGGAACUUUGGUUCGAGGACGCCAAUGUCAUAUUUCAGGCCGAGAGCAGCCUCUUCCGUGUUCAUAAAGGCAUACUUCAAGCCCGCUCAUCCGUUUUCCGCGACAUGUUUGCCAUACCCCAGACUUCCACUCCCCUUGACUCCGAUCUCAUGGAUGGUUGCAUCGUUACACAGCUUCCUGAUGCAGCAGAGGAUAUCCGCUGCUUCUUCCUUGCGAUAGGUUAUGAUGCUUCCUUCUUCGAGCCACCCCCUACUCCGACCCCUCUCAGUGUGGUAUUAGCUAUUGCUCGGAUGAGCCACAAAUACGACGUGCCAUUCUUACGCCGUCGGGCGCUGUCUCAUCUAUCCCACAGAUGCCCAACUACGCUUCGUGAUUUUUUUACAGUGCAUGUUGAAGGCAAAAAUUCGUUCCUUGGCGAAGAGUUCGAGGUGUUGAGAGCCGCUUUGAAAAUUGACCCAUCAUGGGUUCUUCCCUAUCAAUUCUUGAUCACUCAUUUCACAGAGCUCGAAACCCUUUUGGCUACUCAACAAUGGAAGGACUUGGAAGUCGAAAUCCAGGCAAUGUGUCAUGUGAAGUGGAGAUGUAUCGAAAGUCAUUCGCGCAGAUGUAUCGCUCAAUUGUUGUCCAAGCUGCUAUCAGAUCUUUGCGCUACAUGUGCCGCCCUCAGUGUGCAAAUCCAAAGAGCAGCUGUGGGCUGUCUUUCAGAAGACAUUCCAAUGUUUCUUUCGCCCGGUAUAAUCAAGGGCACUACCGGAUGUUGUCCGGAAUGUCUACUCGGAACCUACAAGACUUUUGCCGAUGCCUAUGGAUCUUUUUGGGAUGCUCUUCCUGAGACGUUGGGUAUGCCACGAUGGGACAUCCUUGAGACGAAGAAGAGCGAAGAUACGGAGCCAAUUGCAUUGUGGCUUAAAAAUACGCGUUGGGUUGUUCGUGUUUCAACCUCAUACAAAUGA